AUGACGAAUAUUGACCUUAAUAAAAAAGCUUAUUCAACUUGGGGUUAUAAAGAUUAUCAAUUAUGGCUAUUGAUUUUAUUUAUUGCACUUCCAUCCGUUGCAUUUGCUUAUGCUGGUUUAAGCUAUUAUGGUGGAACUGAAUGGUGUAUUUAUCCUUAUCGAUAUGAUUGGAUGCCUAUUACAAACAUCAUCAUUAUAACAAUCAUAACAAUUGUUCUUUUUACAACAAUGGUUUAUUAUAUAAAACUUUUAAAUAAAUUAAAAAAAUUGAAAAAACCACAGGCUGACUACAUUUCAAUAAGUGCUAUUGAUGAAUCUAAGCAAGCAAUUGAACGUUGGAGAUAUAGAUCUGGAUAUAAAACUACAAUUAAUCGACAAUCAUCUCCUCUUCCUACUACUGUUACUUCUCCGUAA